AUGACGUCGAGUGCUGCAUUCAAUACUGCAAAAACUGUCUUUGAUGGCGUGAAAAAACCAGAAAUACAACAUAAAUUGAUUGCAGCAAGUAAAAAUAGAACUGUACAAUCAGCGCUUUCAUCUUUUGCUAAAAACGAAACGGUACGUAAGGCUACUCUGAAUGCUUUGCAAGAUGAAAGGACAUUGAAAACAGCAUAUCGUGUUAUUCAGGCUUGUGAUAAGCAACAGCAGCAGAAAGAUCUUGUAAAUUUAGAAGAGAAUAUACCAACUAGUACAUUUUUCAAUCAUGGUGCGACUUCCAAAUUCGACGCAGACAAAGCUCCGGUAUCGAUAUGUCCUUCGGUUGCUUUAUCACGAGAUUAUGCAUCUGAAACCAAUUCUAAAACAAGUGAAACGAAUGUAUUUACGGACACGAAUCAAGAAGAACAGCCGCAUGGUUAUGCAAAAUUUCAGUUCCUCGCAUCACAUUUUGAUGAACUCUCCGCAGAACCGUCCGAUAUGAUUAUUCUGGAAAAAAAGGUAGAUGAUCAGUGGGUCUACGCGCUCAAUAAAAGAACUGGUCAGAAGGGAAUUAUACCACUUUUGUAUAUUGAUGUAAAAACUCCUUUUCCGACGGCACUAACACCAUCGAAUUCCCAAGUGCCAUUCUAUGCAACUGCACUAUUCGAUUUUGAUAGCAACGUGUCAGGAGAUCUUACGUUCCGAGCAAAUGAUGAAAUUUAUGUUAUCGAAAGAAUUAAUGAUGAUUGGCUAUGUGGUAGGAUCGGCAUACGCCAAGGUAUCUUCCCUGCUAGUUAUGUUGAGAAGGUUAUCGUUCCAGCAACAGCGACUUCAGAACCCAUGAAUUGUCAUGCGUCAACGGAAUACGUCAGUGCCUUAUAUGAUUAUAACAGUACUGUUGAAGGCGACCUAAUUUUCAAGGCAGGUGACCAGAUAGAAGUACUAGAAUGGGCAAGUGAAGAUUGGUUGAGAGGUAAGCUGAAUGGAAAAAUUGGCUUGGUACCACGCAUCUAUAUUGACUGGAGCAGUAACGUUGACGCUAGAAAACAAUUGAAUGCUACGAAUACAAUUGUCACUGCAACGAAAGAUUAUUAUAAUAGUGCAGAAGACCAUUUAUGUUUCUCGAAAGGAGAUCAAAUCGAAGUGAUUGAGGAUGUCAGUGGUGAUUGGUUGAAAGGAAAACUGUUGCUGGAUAUGAGUAACAAGAAGGCUUUCCCGGUGGGAUUAUUUCCAAGGUCAGCCAUCUUGUGA